AUUACUGCCCAGAGCUGGCAAGAUCCAAGUUUUCCUCCAUGCUUCCCCCAGAUGCACUUCCUAUUGUUUAAAAGUGCACCUGGUAAUGAUGACAAUGAUGAUGAUGAUGAUGAUGAUGAUGAUGAUAUUCAUGACGACAACAACAAUAAUGAUGAUGAUUAUGGCGAUGAGGACGAUAACAAUGACAAUGAUGAUAAAAUGAUGAUGACAAUGACAACAGCAAUGGCAUGUAUGACGAUGAUGAUGAAGAUGAUGUUGAUGAUGAUGAUGAAGAUGAUGUUGAUGAUGAUGAUGAUGAUGAUGAUGAUGAUGAUGAUGAUGAUGAUGAUGAUGAUGAUGAUGAUGAUGAUGACACCAUCACUGCUGCUUCUGCUCCUACUGCUUCGGCUGCUGAUGAUGAUGCAGGGACUGAAGAACAAUCGCCUCAAGAUCAUUCCUCAGGAGAUUGGUCAAUUGCAGCGAUUACAAGUGUUCGAAGUAGAAGGGAACCCCCUAGUGUCUCCGUUCAGAGAAUUGUGCAGGACACCACGGGAUGGUGUUGCUCUGAUCAAGUUGUUAUCAGGGAGAGCAGUGGAAGCAGAUCUCUCAGGAGUAGGACUCACAUCAUUUCCUGAAGCGAUACUGAACGGGUGCAAGAACGCAAGGAUACUCAACCUGAGCAACAAUCAUCUGGAGAACCUAUGUGCCAAUAACCUAACACCGUAACCUAUAGGGCUAAGCCCAAGCCUAAUACAGUGAAGCGCGAACUUCAAUGUGAAGCCUGGGAGCAACAGCCUGGGCCUUCCUGUCCAAUCAAGGCCGGCACGCCAUCACCAGGCACUGGCACUAACCUACUUGAACCGCGCCGUGGCUAUCCCACGGGCCACCCCGCGCGCCAGUCCUACCGUCGGUCAUGUGUGCCGACCCAAAAGCGGACUUUUAUCCCUUAGUCAAAACCGUAGCACGGUCCAGGUUGGCCGACUAGGCCGACCGUUCACUCAAUCAAAGAAAUCACACGCG